GUAAAGGCUCCAACAGAUACAAUAAUUGCAUUUAACACUGUAGAUUAUUGUGUAUUUAUUUUUAACGUGCGUCACAAAAACAAACGUAAGCAAAUGACGUCCGUUUAGCUCCUUUUCACAGCCAUUGACACGCGGGGACUCUUUACGUCAGCACGCUGCGCGCCAAAUUUUUACAGCUCAGAAAGCGCAAAACAAAAACAGCCGCGGGUCCUGCGCUUUCUAAAGGAAACAGCGCUAAAAGCGGGUUGUUUGGGGCAAACUGCAUCUCCACAGGAUGUCGGAACACUUUGGAUACUCACCCAGCUUCAAGCGACCAGCGGAAAUUUUGCGAAUGAGGUGCAAAAGAGCCCGAAGCGACACCGGUGCCGGGUCCACAGACCGCCUCGAACAAAGCGGCUCAUCUCCGACGUGCGUGCGGACUUUCUCCCCGGAACCGCUCUCCGGCGCCCAGAACCAUUCCGGGGUUGGAAUAAAGCGCAGGAACCCGUUCGCAAAAAUAGAAAACACUUACAGUCCUACGAAGAAACGUCUAACUUUCAACGACGCCAGCUGUAACCCCGAAAACUCUGAUAGCUCCGGGAUCACAAACAGUGAGCGAGAUGAAGAAUCAUCGAAGAGAGAAGGCACGUUGGAUCUGGCUCUCAGUUCCAGGCUCGAUGAGGCACAAAAACAGGAAUACCGACAAGCUUCCAGCCAGAAAUCUGGAUCUCUGUCUGAGAGUGAUGUGUUGUUGGAAGAAGAACCGGAGGAUAUUAAAAGCCCCCUGCCAAAUAGCCCCCAAGCCACUGCUCCCACUGCAGCUCCCGUGUGCACCCAGUAUCCAGCAGACUGGAGCCUGAAGACGCGUCUCCUCCUGACCUCUCUGGUCUCCCUUUCAUGGGCAGAGCAGCUCAAGGCUCAGGAAGAAGCUCAGGGGCUCAGCCAGCACUGCAGGGCACAGUUCAGUUCCCUGCCACACAGUCCACAGGAUCCCAGGUCCUGCUCAGAGCUACGUUGUGCCUUCCAGCAAAGCCUGGUCUACUGGCAGCAUCCCUCCAUACCCUGGCUGUCUCUGUUCCCUAGGAUCAACGCUGAAAGGAGCUUCUUUGGCAAGAGCGCCCCCUGGGCUCAUGAUGCAACGAUACAGCAGAUUCUCAUGACAGAAUGGUCCGUCAGUCUGUCAUCUCUCUACAGUCUGUUAAAGGCCAGACUGUGUCCAUACUUCUACCUCUGUUCCUAUCAGUUCACAGUGUUGUUCCGGGCAGCAGGUCUUGGAGGAUCCAGCAGCAUCACUGCUUUCAUUUCCCCCACCACGAGGGGCCUCAGAGAGGCGAUGAAGGCUGAAGGUGAGAGCUGAACUGUAGCUUUGGUCUCAGAAUUAAUUUUCAUUUGAUACAUUUACAGCCGUAAAAGGCUGAUAAGCAAGGCGAGUGCACCAGGGAGUCUGAGCGAUACAGUUGAUGGAGGAGACCAUGAUGGAGACUACAGAGAUGAAGACAGCACUUUGUCUUGGCUGAAGGAGAUGGGAGUCCAGGACAAAAUCAAGAAGCCAGACCUCCACACCCUACAGCUUCAUAAGGAGGGCCACGUCAUGUCUCUGGACCAUAAGCCUGAGUCUGUGAUAUGUGUGAAAGGACUUCACACUUUCACUCUCAUCAACUUCUUCAUCAAUUGGAAGGGUGUGGUUGCUUCAUCCGGCUCCCAGGCAGGGUUACCGCCCACACUGUUGGCUCCCAGUGCUUUCAGAGGAGCUACAAUGCACACUCUGAAGAGCCGCUGUGUGAAUGUGAGAAGUCAAGUUGGUUCUUCCUACCAGAACAUCGGCAGUCUGGAGAUCACAGGACCUGUCCUCCCCUCGUCUCUCCAUGCUAUCCUAACUUUACUUCGGCCUGCACAGAAAGGAAACUUCUCAGCUGCGCUUUACACACAUACUCCUACCGCGGUUAUGAACGUACACAGCACCAAGCAACAGGUUAGUGAGGCCUCGGUAGAACUGUCCUCUUGUGGUCUCCAUUCUGCUUCCAUCCAGCAGCUGCAGCAGCCUUCCACCCUGGGAAAGACGGCCCUGACACACAUCACCAUGAACAACUACAGCUACACAUGGAAGAACUAAGAAAGUGCUGAGAGUUUACACAACACAAAGAAGUUUGCAUUAAUUUGAGUUAACAGCUGCAAUCCUGAAACUCAGAUCAGAU